CAAACUUACCUCUUAAAUAUUAAGCUAAACCUCAAAACCAUCGGCCAACUUUUAAAAACCGUUUCUAGCCACGAACUAGGUUGAGCACCUAUAACGCCGUUAUACAAAGUAGGCUGAUAUAGUGAAAUCAAAAAAAAAAAUAUUUUCUUUUACAAUUCAUAUUUCUGUACGUUUACUUCAAGUUUAAGAAUUUCUCGAGCAAAAUUUAUUAUUGAUUUAUAAUAUAAAAUCAUUUGAAAAAAGUUGAUAAAAAACCCAGUUUAAAUAAAAGAAACGCUAAUGUUGAAAUCGAGCACAUCACGGGAUACUGCACACCAGCCGGAGGCUCAAACGCCAAAUUCGAGCAAUGAAAGUAACAACAGCGUACAGUUGGGCAAGGAGGUAGAGGAGGAUAACAUGCAAAGACGAAGCAGUAGUCGUAAGUAUGAUCGACACGAUGCUGGUCACUAUGCGGACAAUAUGUCGGAAGAUGAGAGUGACGUAAGCGCCGACCGCAAAAUGACAACGCGCAAAUCGCGUAAAAUACAGCCAACCGAUGCACAUGACUAUGACGGCGGCGUAUCGGAUUGUAGCCACUGUCGUAAGCAUCGUAUGGCUAGAGCGCGACGCAAUCGUCGUAGGAAAUCACGUUCACGCAGUCGUCGCCGUCGUCGUUAGAUUUUCAUUGUUCAGUUUUGAUUUUGGUGAAAUUUUCCGUGUGAGACUUUUGAGCUAAAUUGAUUUUAUGUAAAUUUAUUAUGCGAAAUAAAAUGGUAGUUAGUUAAAGACAUGUUUGAGAA